AAACAAUAUAGAUCUAGUUCUUAGUUAUCUAUUCAAAAUUUGUUUUGGUAACGAAAUAGUAAUUUUAAAUGACUUGAUCUAGUUGGGUUAAGACACGCAUGCGCUUACUUGCCGAAUUCCGACAUUUUUGUUGUCAAGAGAAGCCAAAUACACACAAUAUUGGGCAAAAUGUAGACAGGAUUUAGGGGUUUGUUUUUACGACCAAAGAAACAGAAUGACAGCAGUUGAUGUUGACCUUGACAGUUUCAUAAAGCAACAGAAAGCAAAACUAGCCAAUGAAAGACUGACUCUGAAUAAAAAAUCUGACGGGAUGCCAGAUAACUCAAGGCCACGGACAUACUGCACCAAUAGACUAGAACCCAUGCACCAAGGGGCCAAAGGGAGACGCAAAUGGGGCCCUCCCGUUGACAUUGAGUCUACCAGAGAGACUGAGAAGGAGAACUAUAAGCAGCUAUGGCAUGAUUUGAAGGGCAAAUACAUUGAGCCAUCUAGCAACCGCCAGAGAUGGGGGUCCCCUGUCAAAUUGUCACCCAGGGGCCUUCUGGACACUGAUGCCCUUAUCUUGGAUGUCCAAAAAGAAAAGGAGCGUGCCGAAUAUGAAGAGCUAUGGCGGCGCCAUCAUGGAAUGGAUCCAUCACCACGUGCACCAAUCAAUGAUCGUGGAGCUGGCAACUCUGAGGAACUAGAGCCUACUUUUGACCAGUCACCAAGAAUACUAAACAAUAAAGAGAAAGACGAGUAUAGGCGUCUGUGGGAACAGCAGCAUCCAGAGGUGGUUAAAAAACCCAGCCCUCCUAAAAUGUACAACCGGACAAAAGCACUGGACACUGCCCAGAUCAUCAGGGAAGUAGAGAGAGAAAAAAGAGAAGAGGAAGAGUUGAUGAAAAUGAAGAACCCACUUCUGGGAGGCGGUGGUAAACAAGACUAUAGACAAGGAAACAGAGGAUUAACCAAUGGGCAGACGGCAGGAGUAAACAGAGAUGAGUACAGAAAGUUGUGGGAGGAGCAACAUGCAAAGAGAGACGCGGUUGGGGUCAAAGGUAAUAUAGAAGAUACACGGUUUGAGGAUAGCCAGAAGAACAUUCAGGAUAAAAUAGCAGAGGCCAAAAAAGAGGCUGAAGAGUAUCGAAAGCGUUGGGAAGCACAUCACAAUAAGACAGGGAGGCCUAACUCUGAACCUGCGAUUGAGAAUGUCCUCCCCUUGGGUGGCUAUGAGGCCAAUAGGAAGAAACUUAAUGAAGAGAGACAGAGGGAAUAUAAUGAAAUGCUUAGACAGGGAAAGUUUAAGACACGUUCCAAUAAGAGUGCCCCAUCUUCCGAGCCAGUUGUCGAGGACCCCCUACCUCUUGGAGUCUAUGAAGAGAACAGGAGAAAGCUGAAUGAGGAAAGGAAAAGAGAAUACAGAGAGAUGCUUCAGAAGAAAAAAAUGGGCCCUAAGUCUCAGUGGGUACAGCCAGAAGAGCAAGGAAUGAUUCCUUUCCGAAGUCAGGAGGAGAAGAGAAAGAAACUCAAUGAGGAACGGAGGAAAGAAUACAAUGAAAUGCUUCAGAAGCAUGGACCUCCUGCAGAAAAAUUGGACUUGACUGAGUUAGGUUUAGCUCCAGAGGUUGAUGAGUCGGAAGACUUUGGUCUUUUUCACAACCUCGGAGCAGCAGACAAAAAGCUUAAGGAAGAGAAGAAAGACCCACCCAAUCAGUUAAAUCUCCUGGGACAAAAUAUCUACGACAAAACUAUUCGAAAAGGUUACCAAAGCCGUCUCCAAGAGCAGACGGAUGAUCAUAAGACAGCACUGUUGAUUGCCAAUGAGAGUGAUGCCAUGAAGUUUAGGCAAACUAGCAUUGUUUCCCCUGAAUACAAUGGCCAUGCCCUCAACACACUUGAUUCUAGUUUGUCUGGACACUCUUACCUUAUAGACCAGCGUAUUAAAAGACAGAAAGAGAUAGAUAUAAAACCUUACUCUCUUCAGAAAAUCAAAGAAAGGAAUGAAGAGUACAAUAAGUUCCUGGCCAAUAAAGCGGAGAAGGAACAAAAUCGAUUUGCUGAUAAAAAGCCUGCAGUGAGCCAAGACGAUGGUGUUUAUGCAACAAUACCAGGUCUCAGAUAUUCUAAUUCUGCCCAGAAAAGAGAGAAAGAAGCAGAGAGGAAUAGGGAGUAUAAUGAGAUGUUGCGCCAGAAAGGUGGAAGGAGAAAAGGAUGGGGUACACCAACUUACGAGGAACUGCUGGAGCGUAAGAGGGCACAAGAAUCUCAGUACAGACGUGCCAAUGAUAUUGGUUAUGAACCAACAGGAAACCUGGCCGAGACAGAUCGCAGGAUUAAAGAGCUGGAACAAGAUUUAGCACUUAAGGAUGCUGCACUGAGACAAAGCCGCAACUUUAAUGGCAUAUUGGAAGACCCUUAUUGGUUAAGUCCUAGAAGAUCAUACACAGAGAGGCCUUAUGAUAACUUGCUUUCACGUAUAAAAGAUGCCAGUGGUCUGGAGGAGGACAAAAAAGUUUAUCCAGUUAAAUCCCACCUGGCAUAUCCAGUUGUAAAUACAAAGAAUUACCCAGACAAUAUGAGCAGAAAUCUGCUAGCUGAUGACCUUAACCCUAAUCUUGGCAUGUCUGAACAGCAGAAACGUAAAGAAGAAUACAAACGUGACCUACAAAGGCAGAUUGCUGAGUCAGCUCAAGCUAGAAAAGCUGAACGUGAGCUGGGACUUCUGGUCAAUAACAAUGGCAUCAUUAACCCUGAGCCUGCAGUAGUUUACUAUGAGCCCAGGCCACGGAGAAAAGAUCCAGCUGUGGAGGCAUAUCACACCAAGAUAGCCUCUGACCUGAACAAACUGGAUGAUUUGAGUCCUCGUCCAACAGCUCUGCUAGGUCUUGGUGGAGACAGAAGAAAUGUUGGGGGCUUCAAUCUAGACAUUAACCCUAAUCCGUCUCUUCAGCUGGGGCGAUCAGGAAUUUUGGACUUGGGUUUUGAUGCCGCCCUGAAUCCUGCACGAAUCACCUCCAUGAAUCCUCCCCCUGGUGUUCAGUACCAGCCAUCAACCUAUGUAACUGCCAGCACUGUUCCAGUGAUGAAUAGUUCAGUAGAUGAGGCUUACAACUUCUAUGCCACCAGAAAUCCUUUGGAGCCUGACCUUAACGUUGAGGCUUUGUCAGCUCUGAGAAUAAAGCCUCAUCAAAUCCAUCCUGGCCUUAACUGGGAUUUCCUGUUGCACACAACUCCAUUUGAUUCUGUGCCUGAUUCCUUAGCAGUAAAGCACAAUGAUAUGUCAGGUGGACAUGACCACUCUGGGCAAUCAUGUAAUACAAGCACUGGUACACCAUUGGGAGGAGGAGGUGUUGGAAGAGGCCGUGAUGUUCCUUCUCUCAAUCUGAAUGGCAUUGGAGGGGAUGGUGGUCCAGGUUCACGAGUGCGGUUUAAAGAGCCACGGGAAAAAUCUCCUCCCGCCAUGGGGAUGGUGUUUGCCUCCGAUGAUGAGAAAAAGAAAGGCCAGCGGAAUGCACAGGCAGCCUAUAGGGAGGAACUGGAGAGGCAGAUGAUGGAGAAAAAUAUUAAGAAGAUGAAAGAGAAAGAAGAACAAGAAAGAUAUGACUUGAAGAUGGAAGAGGAAGCAAGGACCUAUGAUCCCUUUGGUAAAGGAGGAGGUGGGGCGCCAAUGAGAGAUCAGUUUGGAAAUGUUAUAACUGAUUUACGUCAGAUAAGAAAUGACAACAUCAACAGAACAGAGAAUAAGUAUUCUCCACGUGACCCAAGCCCGUAUGGAGGGGGUGGCUUUGGGGGAGUUGGGGGUGGCUUUGGGGGAGGUGGGGGUGGCUUUGGGGGAGGAGGUGGGACUGCCCCUGGUAACACAACAAGGGCAGCAAACAGCUACAGGGAUGAUCUGAUUGGCCCCCCACCUGUGCAGACUACUGCUGAGGGAGAGGCUUCCUUCGCCAGAGGUGGGCAUGGGAUCUUCGGCAUGCCAAAGACUGAAGCAGAGAAGGUGCAAGCUGACAGAUAUAAAAUAGAUUUAAAAAGACAGAUUGAGGAGAAGAGAGCUGAAGAGCUCAGAAAGAAACAGUUGGAGAAAAUGGAUGAGGAAAGAGAGCAGAAGCUGUUGGAAGAGCAGAGGGCCAAGAUGCAGAGAGAGUAUGACGAGGAGCAGAGGAGGCUCAAGGAGAAGGAGGAGGACGCUCGUCGCAAGAAUGAAGAAAUUAUCAGAGCAGCUGAGGAUAAGAAGAGGGAUAUGGAUAAAAGGAGGCGUGAGGCAGAGGAGCAGAGGCUGCUUGAGCUGAGACAGGAGAGAGAACGAGAAAGACAAAUGACUUCUGUUGUGAACCAAAGAACAUACUCCCCUCCCAUUCCUGCUCUAAGGGGCAAACAGGAACAAGGGGGAGAAAUUCAGAAGGCUCCAUCUCCACCAGUUCCAGCUGCAAGACAUAAACAAAUGGACAUAGAACCUGCACCUUCUAAACAAGAUUUCACACCAAGAGCACAAAGUGCUGAUGUGUUGAAUCAGUUGGCUCAGAUGAGGGCGCAGUUACAGAAUGAACGCCUGCGAGUACAGACUAUGUUGGAUGACCAGGAUGAUGAAGUUGAAAUUUAUGAUCCUCGACAAGGUCACAGACUUCCACCCCCAACUUCCAUUCCUGCAAGCAGACCUGAGGUAGAUGUAUUUGAAACAGCCAUGAACCGCAAUGCUGUGGCUGUGAGGAGAACACCCGCAGGAAGGAGACCCUCUGAAGACCGAGCCCAUCCACAACUUGUUGAAGAGUUUAAUGCACUCAAGCACAAAAAUGAUUCUGAUUCCCGUCAAAAGUUUCGUGAGAUGUUCCCUAAUGAGCCUGAGACAAGUGAUGCUUUGGAAACACAGCAGGCAGCCCUAUUGCGACAGCAGGAAAACAAGCUGCAGAACUUAAAAGGCAAAAGACACAUCAACGACACAGACAGUCCAUACAUAGCUAGAGAUGUUCGUAGUUCUUCUCAGCUUCAUUCCAACAGUGCUUUUGUAGAUGUCAAUGACUUUGGAAGUUUUCCUGACGACUUUGAAGACAUGCCGCGUCGUAACGAUUCAGCUCGCUACAGGCGACGGACAAGAGCGCCACCUACACCCAAGGUGGAGACCCCAGACAUUGUCAGCCGAGCCACAUUUGGUUCCCGUGCCAGUCUGAACGUGGACAAACUGGCCAAGAAGAAUGAAGACAGACUGAGAAGACUUCGGGAAUUGCAAGGGGAUGAUCUAUCUCUGUAUGACCCAGAAGAUGUUUUAGACAGGUUUAUGACUAAGCAAGGUCAUAACAGGUUGUACGGUGACGAUGUUGACGUCAGAUCUGACAUCUUCAGUCCCGCAUUUGGCAGCCCCGUCACGUAACACGCUUUUGGACGACACGUGGAUGAGAGCCGGAAGUAAACAAAACUAAACCUUUUGGUUAGCCGUUUGAAAACUUGGACGGGUCUUUUUUUUAUGGAAUAAAUAUUUGAAAAUAAAUAAUGUAUAAUUAUUAUCAAUUGUUUUAUUAGCAAAAAAAAAUUAUUUUUAUUGUAUAUAUUUAUAAUUUAUAAAAUACAUACUAAACUGAAAUACAUCAGACUCUUAUGUCACUGUUAAAUCUUAAAUUGUUUCUUUUUCUAUGACAUAGGUAACUUUUUAUACAUUUUAAUGUAUCGGUAGCAGAAUGUUUUCAUGGCUGUAACUCCAAAAUUGUUUUUGAAUUUUUUUAUAUGUGAUAACUUUGAUGAGAUGAAAUAAUUUAGAGUAUUUUUUUUAUUGUUUUGCUUCAGUCUUCCACUGAAACUUUCAAUCAAAUAAGAGUUUAAUAAUAAUAAUAAUUAAUGACAUGAAAAAUGUUCCUGGUUCUGACAAAACUAGUCACUAUUAAUGAUAAUAUCACGGCAUCUUCAUAAUAUCCCUUACACUUUCAGUAAAAUCAAGUACUUCUUGACCACGUAUGGCUGCCUGGUCUCGUAGUAUUCGCUCUGGACUGUCGUUUCCGCCCGCCUCCAUCCCCCGCUGUCUCGCGGGAGGUUUGGGCUAGGAUGUAAUCAUUUUCAAUUCUGAAGAUAAACACCCGAAAUAUUUAAAAUAAAACAUGACGGUCUUUUUAACUUCUGAUUGUUCAAGAAUGUAAUCACUGCUGACAACUGGUAUGAUUUCCGACAUCACUGAGUGGCUAGCUUUGUCAGACAUUCCAUUUUAUCACGUCUUAUAAUUGGUGUCAGGAGUGAAAAUUUAGAAUAGGCAUUGAAUAAAUAAUCAUAGACACGUUUUACGUGAGCUGAAACACUGUAAAAUUAAUCUGUGGAGGCUCUUAUUCUAGCUUUUUGCUGCUGAGCUGUAAUGUUCUUAAGUCAGUUGUUGUUGGUUUUUAAUGGGAACCUUUAUUGAACAGAACUAUGUGACAUUCUGAACCAGAUUUUCAACGGCAACCCUCUGUGAUAGUUGACAGGUUUUUAUGUCAAUGCUCAGUCUGUGAUAAUGAUGGUAAAGCUAAUAAAAGUCUACAGUCUGAUGUACCAUAGCUUAUGAAACAAGUUGAAAAGUGUGUUUUGGGGGGGGGGGGUAUUUAUGUGUGUGUGUAUAUGUAAGUGUUUGUUUUGUUGCGCGAUUGAGUAAUUGUGUGUGUUGUGUAUUUUGUUCGUAUAGUAGUUUGUACAUGUAGCUGUGUCUUGAGUGUGUUAGUUGUUUGUGUGAUUUUUUAAACGUGUGUUUAUAUAUACAUUGUUCUAUUUACUGCUAAAAGAUUUGUCUGUGUGUCUGAUAAAAAGUGUGUGAUUGUUACUUAGUUAUAUUAACAAUGUCAGCUCUGGGAGAGGUUGUGACAGCGUUGCAUAUUGUCUGGCGAAGAGUUGUAGCCGCGAAUGUAUCUCCGUCAUGUCAUCAAUCAACGUUCAACCUUUUAAGUUAUCAACUCCAAUUGGGUGUGUGUGUGGGGGGGGGGGGGGACAUUGCUUAGUUGUAAACGACAACAAUGUUGUGUAGUCGUGUGUGUUUGCAGACAUGUGCGUGUCUGUGUGUGCAUGAAUUUUUAUGUAUGAAUGUGUAUGUAUGUAUGAAUGUUGGUAUAAAUAUGUGUUUAUGUUUGUGUAUGAAUGUGUGUAGGUGCUAAUAUCUAAUCCAGGGGUUCUCAACCUGUGGGUCGCGACCCCGAUUGACUAUUUGCCAGGGGUCGCUUAAGACCAUCGAAAAUAUGGAUUGCUAUUGUCUACUCUUCUGUUGCUGUAUGUGUGUGUCGGGGGGGGGGGGUCGCGGCAGAGUGGGGGAUUGUAAAAAGGGGUCGCCGAGUUUAAAAGGUUGAGAACUGCUGAAAUUCUAAUCGAAAACAAAAAACAUUUGAGCACGUUCGUACUUGUUCUUUUCAAAAUAUUUCGCGGCAAGGCGAGUGGCAGAAAAUGUUUUGAGUACCGAGGCCAAGAGGCAAUGGUGCACCUGAAGCUGUGGAUGAGGAUGCCACAUUUUACGGGCACCUCCUGGGAAUGAUGCUAACUUAAUCUGAAUGGGCUGCGAACGAAUAAAUGAAACGAAUCGUUUGUCUUUUUAACUCUCAUGUUAUGUUAUGUUAGUCUGUUGUGUUAGUGUGUGAAUAUUGUUCGUAUUUGCAACUAUAUUGUUAUUGUUACAUUAGUUACGCUGAGAUGUUCAGUUGUAGUCAAACUGAAUUUCCAUUUGAUUGGACCAUUAACAAUUAUCUUAUCUCUUUAUCUUGUAGCGUAUUGAGCCGAGACCAGUCGCCAUAUAAGGCCUGAGCACUGACGUCUACGUCGCAACCUGUGGGCAAUGGAGUCCAAUAGCUUGUUGCCAAGGCACAGGUCUGUUCGACGUGGCAACGAGCUAUCGCUAUCAUUCUUCACUGCCCACAAGCUGCGACAUCGCGAGUCAGAGUUGAGGUCUUCUAUUACGAUUGGUCUCGAUUGAACACUGUUUUUGUUAUUAUUUAUUUAUUAUUAUUAAUGAAGAAAACAUGAUCCAGUGUAGUCCCCCCCCCCCUCUAUUUUUGUUUUCAUGACAAAGUUCCCUUUGUAACUAGUGACACAAAAAAAUAUUUUCUUUUUGGAAUGUGUUUAUAUUAAUGCAUUUUCCAUACAUAAUUACCAAAUAUAUGUCCAUAUUAUUAAUUACACUAGACGUACUCAUUAUAAAUGUAUAAGAAGACUGACAUGUGCAUGUAUUCUAAGUUACUGUACAUUUCAACUUAAUGAAAACUGAUCUAUAAAUACAAAUGAUGGUUUGAUUUCAUUGAAUACUGUCAUUAAAAAUAAAUUAUUUGAAUAUUACCUAUCUAAUAUUUCCAUUGUUUUCUUUUUAUAGUUGACAUCAGUAUGGAGAAUGCCUUAAAGGCUGUGGUCACUAGACAUUCAUUUGUCUUGAUAAAUAAAGAUUCGUGUCUUUCU